AAAAAGGAAACGUAUACUAAAAAUGUAGUUAACAUAACCUAAGCUAAUCGAAGCGCAACCAUUGGGAUUACCAGGGUAAACUUCAACCGUUGACUUAAUUCGGUCGAUGUGUGUGUGAAAUAAAUGGAGGGGAUCUUUCCACAAUACGUGAACAUCGAAUAGUGUAAACAUGAUAAGAAUUCAAUAGUUAUACUGUACUAAAUCCUGGGUAGAAGUUACUUUGGCAAAUAUGGUUUAUCGGAUUAUCUACGAUACAGUUCUCGUGCACGGUGUUAAUGAAAGAUGUUCAGAUAUUUUAUAUCAUCAGAUCAGCCAGAUUCUAAACAGGGGAAGGAUUUCAACAGUAACAGAUUUGAUGAAAAAUCAAUAAAGAAGAAAAAUUUUAAAAAAUUCAAAUCUACAGAAAAUGUUAAUAAAAAUAAAUCAAGAAUUGAUAUGUAUCCAGGAUCCAAACCAAUUCCAAAUCAUUUAAUAGAAAAGUAUAAAAGAGGAAAAUAUAUAGAUAUGUCUGGAAUCAAAACAAAAUCUAAUCGAAAGAUUCUUAAAAAAGAAGAAAAUAAGAAAAAGUUCUGCAUUGAACAGUCAGCUAAAACUGAACUGUUACUUCCAGAAGAAAGUGGGUUCUUGCAGUCAGAUGACGAAGAAACAUGUAAUAUUUCCCAAAGCAAGAUUGCUUCUGCUGUUGAUAUAACAAGUGCUACAAAGCAUUUUGAUUUAAACUUAUUUUUUGGUUCAUAUAAAAUGGAUUAUUCUUUGGAAGGCAGGCAUCUUUUGCUUGGAGGGAAGAGAGGACAUCUCGCUGUAAUUGAUUGGAUGACUAAAAAAUUAUUUUGUGAAAUCAAUGUUAUGGAAUCAAUACAUGAUGUCAAAUGGCUUCAUAAUCCUACAAUGUUUGCCACAGCCCAAAAAGACUGGGUUUAUAUUUAUGAUAACAAAGGAAUUGAAUUACAUUGCAUUAAAAAAUUAUAUCAAGUCAUUUGUAUGGAAUUUCUACGAUAUCAUUUCUUAUUAGCUACUUCGGUAAGAACAAUUUGUUUAUUAUUAUAG